AUGGAGCAUCAAUCCCAAAAAGGUUUGAUCGCCUUUGUUUUCGCGGCCGGUGUAUCGGCCUGUGUGCUGUGGCUUCGUCGGCGGCGGCGCCUGCCACCUGGAAGCCCGUGGUCUUUGCCAUUAUUGGGUGAGACGCUGACCUACGUUCGAGAUCCUUUGGGCUUCAUUGAGGCAAAGCUUUCACAAUAUGGAGGCACGUGCAGGUCGAAUUUGCUGUUUGCACCAACGGUGAUUUUGGCAGUCACGGAUGCCAAUGCAAAGCUCCUUUAUUCGGAAAGGGAUAUGGCAUGGCCAACACACUUUCAAAAAUUGGUUGGCAAGACGUCCUUGCCAAUGGUGAAUGAUCCACUCCACAAGAAAAUUCGGACCCUCAGCUCUCGCCCUUUCGGCGACAGACAGCUGGACACUUACUUGCCAUGUUUGCAAAGGCUGUCAGCCAAGCACCUGGAACUUUGGGCGGAGGAGGGACAAUGCCGGGAGUUGCACAUGGAAAUCAAGAAAUAUGCUUUCGAGUGUGCCGAAGCUGUCAUCCUGGGAGUUGAGAACGAUCGAAUCAAGAGCGACCGUUUCAUGGAGCUUUAUGAGGAGGCUUUCAAAGGAUUGGGCUAUGUCUUGCCGUUUGAUAUUCCAGGGUUCCCAUUCCACAAGUGCAUGCUGGCGCGAAAAUUGCUGGUACAGGAGUUCCAGACACUGAUUGAGAAGAAGCGCAAGAAGCUCAAAGAUCCAUGUCGGAUGUUUCAGGUCAACACCAUGCUGGACUCCGUGCUGCAGGCAGAGGAGAUGAGCAACGAAGAGGAGCUUUCAGACUUCUGCGUAGCGAUGAUGUUUGCAGGGCACGACACCACGCUGGCCUCCAUCCAGAGCUGCUUGCACUGGCUGAAGCAAUGUCCUGAUGUGGAGUCCCUUCUGCGGCAGGAGGUUCGCGAAGCUUGGGAUGGUGGGUGCCGGCUCACGCGACGAAUCCUGGACUCCAUUCCUCAGACACGCGCCUUCCUGCAGGAAGUCUGGCGCAUCACCCCCCCCGUAUCGGUGGUCACACGAGAGGUGAGUAAGGAUACAGAGAUUGAUGGCUAUGUCGUGCCCAAAGGAUGGACCAUGCUCUUUGCACCUGCUGGAAGACAUAGCAAGGCAGAGGACAGCAGGAGCUUUUCCAUCCAGCGCCAUCUGCGUGACGGCAAAUUCUUUGACUGCACCUUCGACCCUGUGUACUUUGCCUCGUUCGGCGGAGGAAGUAGAAUGUGCAUUGGACACAAAUUCGCCCGCGACGAGAUGCUGGUCUUCCUCCUCCAUUUCCUGCACGGCUACGAUGUACAGCUUGCCAGCUCUAAGUUGCAGAACUUCCCUUUUCGCCUCUGGCGUGUCCAGGGCACCAUUUGUAGAGCUGAGGGCUAG